UGAUAAAGUUCGUGUCCGGGGUGUGAUUCCUGAUACGUUCUUUAACUUAUUAAAGUGUCAAAUUAUCGUCAUCUGUUGAUACUUUUACUUUAUUCGUCGGUAUUUUAUCAAAUAUAAAUCAAAAACCAGUUAAUCCGUGACGCGAAACCCGUUUUUCAUCGUAAUUUCUAAAGGUUAUGGCAGUUUUUAUGUCCGAUUUACGUUUCUGAAGUUUCUUUUUUGCGCUCAUUGAAGCCCUUUGUCAAAUCCGCUUCGGUGUUCUUGGAAUUAAAGAUUAUGGAGGAACCUGUUAAGACUGGAGAAUGCGACGUCGAAAUGGUCGUGCCACAGAAAAAAAAGACUUUAAAGCAAGCCCGACUGCCUUUCCAAAUGCUCAGUUCUGUGGACUCGCCAAACACGAAUAAGAAACGCAAACUCAUCUCACCAACUCCAGUUGAAUGCAAAAGUCCAAAACUGGUGAAAAUUACGACCAAGGAGAACGCAUUCGAUACCGCAACACCAAAAGAACCGGAGGUCAUUGAUUUAGACGUAUCAGGUGAGGAUGCUAAGGAUAGUGAAAAAUCGGCGGAAAAAGAAGUCGAUGAGGGCAACGAGAAAGAGUCUAUGAGUAUUAAGACAACGCCCAAGUCAAAACCGAAGAAAUCAGAAGACAAGAUUGGAGUAAAGACUGGAGCUCUCACUCGAUUUUUUACAAAGACUGAAAAUAAAGAAAAAGGUGAUUCAAAAGAAGCCAAGAGUGCUGCCGAUUCUUCCCCGAAAUGUGACUUGGUUAAUGGACACAAUGACGCCACGAGCAGUGGCGGUAAAAAAGAAGAGUCCAAACAUUCAGAAAGUCAAGUGUCUGAAUCGGAGAAAUCGGAGAAAUCCGAGAAAAUUGAGGAACAAAUGUCGCCCGGAAAAUCCGAGUCUGAGAAAGAGGAUUCGAAAGAUUCUCUGUCAUCGUCAAAGGCAACCUCGAAAGCAGACAGUGACAAAGAUGAGAACUCGCGGAGCGAGCAGGAUCCGCAGGAUAUGGAUGUGUCGAAAAUUGAAUCGGACACGGAAAGUUCCGGGGAUGAAGUGGCCACAGAUCAGAGGACUGAUAACGAUGAAGCUGAGGACAGGAAAAAGUCAGCUGAUGGAAAGAGUCUCACACCAGUCACCAAGAAAGAGCGCGACCUUGCUAGACAGAAGAAAAUGACUCCCAAACAAUUGGAGAAGAAAAUUGAGAGGCAGAAGCGACGUGAGGAAAGGCAAAACCAAAGAUUGGAAAGGGAAAAGAAGAAGGAAGAAGAGAGACAGAUGCGCAAGAAGGAAAAGGAAGAGAAAAGGAAAGAGAAGGAGGAAAAGGACAAGGCUGAGAGAGAACUGAGAAAGAAAGAGAAAGAGCAGAAGGAACUGAAAAAACAAAUGGAAAUUGAGCAAAAGCAGAAGGAAAAGGAGGCGAAAGAAGAGGACCGACGAAAGCGAGAGGAAGCAAAGGAGGAGGAAAAGCGAAGGAAAGAGGAAGAGAAGCUUGAAGCCGAAAGGAAAAAGCAAAAGGCAGCCUCAACUUUUGCGAGCUUUUUCGUUGCUAAAAAACCCACCGAAUCCAAGAUUGUCACCGAGCAAAAGGACACUUUAGUGUCGAAAAAUUUCAUGCCAUUCGAAGUGAAAGCAGACAUGAGGGUGGCACCGAUUUGUCGUCGAAAUAUGUCUGAAGAUCAGAAAUUGAAAUUUGACGAAGCUCGGGUGAAACAAAGUGUAGAUAAGUCGAAACUUUAUGUGGAGGAAAUUAGGAGCAAGCUGGUCACGAAGAGAAAAUCCGGAAAAACGUGGCCUUUCGAGUUGAAGGAUGACGAAGAUGACGUUGUUAUAAUUGAUAACGAAGGCGAUCUAAGUCAGAACUGCGUGGAUCGAGGGAACCUGGCCGUGGAAAAACAUCGUGCAAAAUUGUUGAUGUUCAAUGAGAAUCGUCGACCUCCUUAUCGCGGAACCUGGAGGAAGAAAAGCUCUUUGAUUAAUCCUCGUAAACCAUUCGUUAAGGAUACGAAAUGUUUCGACUACGAAAUUGAUUCAGACGAAGAGUGGGAAGAAGAGGAACCUGGAGAAUCCCUUCGAGGUUCUGAUGAUGAAAAGGACGAGGAAAACCCGGAAGAUAAUGAAUACGACGUCGACAAUGAAUUUAUGGUUCCUCACGGAUAUUUAUCAGAGGAAGAGGCGCCAGGAGACGAAGAUGAAGAAGACACGAAUCCAGAAACGCAAAAGUUAAAAAUUAAGCUUCUUGGGGAGCAGUUUGAAGCUGAAAUGAAAACAAAAACGUCGAAGCUUAAACCGAAAGUGAUUGGUUGCAUAUGGCGAAAUUCUGACAGUUCUUAUGCUUCAAACAUUCAUCCUCAAGUUCUGCAAUUCCUGAAGGAUCGGGAAGCUUGGGUGAGGGAAAUUCCCGUAGUUUUGCAAACGACAGGCGACAACGACAGUCCCCAUGGAAGCGACUGUGGAACUCCAUCGAGAAGACUGAGUUCAAUCGGACCUGGUGCGAAGAAAACGCGAGUUCCCGAGGAAGCAAUGCCAGAUCUGAUUCGUCUCAUACACGGCAACAUAAACGGCCGGGGUUUCCUGGUGAAGGAAUUUAUGAGCUUCUGGAGCAACAGGAACGAGCUGCGCGUAUCAAAAGUAAGUCUCUCUAAAAAAAUUCGAGAAAUUGCUCGAUGGGCCGCCUGCACAGAGGAGGGUCCCAUGUUUCAAAAAACCUGCUGGUAUGUCAGUGAGGAGGUGCGUAAAAAGUACCUCGGCAACGAGGAUUGUGGUUUGCCGAACCGAUGGAAUUACAUACUAAUUCCGAAGAGGAAAUUCGAGGUUCCGCCGGAAGUUCCGGAAAAACUGGAGAAAGAGGAAAAGGACAAGGAGAAAGAGAAGGAGAAGAAGAGCGUGCCUCUGAUCACACAGUUUACGAAAAAGAUAACUCAGGAGGAAAUGAAGAAGCAGUUGACUGAGAAAUCUGCUGCGAAAGCAACACCUACGCUGAGUAGUAGUAAACCUGGAAAAAGGGUCGCCCUGAUUUCCGUCGGGAGGGGAGAACAGUUUCCAAAAUCUUCGCGAGUCAGUUUACUUGAUAAAUUUGUCACGGGAGAGGGUCCGAGUCUGAAUAAAGAGGUGGUUAAAAGUCAGGUUGAUCGUGAUGAUGAUGAUGAUGUGAUGAUCAUUGAAGACGGAGACGAGAAGGUCGAGUUGGAUAGUGAAACGAAGGGAAAGUGUGUAACUGAGAGAGGAGAUUCUGAAAAUGUUGAUAUAAAAAGUGUAGAGUCUGAAGACGAUGGUAUUAUGAUCAUUGAAGAUACAGAGGAUGCGGAAUAUCCUGGUGAAGAUGGUAAAGAGACGAGGGUGGAGAAAACGGAAGAGAAUUUGAAAGUUGAUGAUCUUGCUGCCGGGGGCAAGAGUGAAGGGAAUUCUGAAAAAGAUCCGAAAGGGGAUGAAUCGAAAAUGGAAACGACUGAUGAAGCUAAGGAAUAAUUGUUAUAUUUAAAAUGAGAAUUAGGCUUGAAAAUAGCUUUUCGAAAAUUAGCAGGCAGUGUGUUUUUUUUUUGGGGUUUUUUUUUUUAUUUCUGUCCAGCUUUACGUCAAUCGACGUAAAUAUAGAGUUCAAUGUCUUUGAUUUCUUUUUUAACUUCCUUCGGCUUUUCUACUCUCUGCAAAUAUACACAUGUUAUUAAUCAAGGUUUCUGAUUUCUCAGAUUUAUUAGAGGUAAAGGUUGUUAAGACUGGAUGAAAAAUAGAAGCCAGAUUUUUGAUUAACACUUUAAAUCUUUUUUGAUACAGUAUAAAUAUCUGGUAUACAUAUUUUUUUUUAAAUUAUACUGUACGUUUUACGAAUAGUUUUAAUAGAGUAUAAUCAUCUUUUCAGGCUUAAACACGGGAUUUUGUAUAAUCUUUUGUGAUAUUCGAUACAUGUUGCAAAUUUGGAUAAAGAGAAGAAACGCGAUUAUUAUAUUAUAUACAUGUUUCUAUACUAUCGACUUGUAGGGAGAUAUUAAUAAAACGUUAUGAACUAUGUUUUACAGGAAUA